AUGAACAAUGCUAAACAAAAGCAAAUGGAAGAUAACAGUCAAUCUGAAGUUAUUUCAGAUGACAAUAAUGUUGAUCGAUUAUCACAAAGUAUACAGGCUUCUACGGAGGAUAUCAAUGAUAAUGAAUCAGAUGAGUUAAAUGAAGACGUCUACUUACGUAUGGCUCUGACAGAAUGGGCUUCUCGUGGUGUCUCAAAAAGAAAAGUAAACAGUUUGUUAAGUAUUUUGCGCAAGGUACAUCCAGAACUUCCUAAUACAUAUGUAACCUUAUUGGAUACACCUAAGACCACGGCAGUAUAUGAGAUUGAUAGUGGGCAUGUCUGGUAUAAGGGAGUAAAAAGAAAUUUGAAUAUCUUUUUGACUGAAGAAUAUUUACACACUCAUGGACGAAUACAAUUGGAUAUCAACAUAGAUGGGAUACCUUUGGAUAGUUGCUCAAAAUUGCAUUUUUGGCCCAUUCUAGGAUCUUUGGCUAAUAAGACUUGUGAGCCUUUCAUUAUUAGUGUUUAUUUUGGCAUAGAGUCGAAGCCGUCAACACUAGAACAGUUUUUAGAGAAAUUUGUUGAAGAGAUGGAGCAACUUUUCACAAAUGGUUUCACAUUUAAUGGACAUGUCUAUGAUGUAUCUAUACGUAACUUUAUUUGUGAUGCUCCAGCGAGAUCAUUCCUGAAGUGUACUAUUGGACAUAUUGGAUUAUUCUCUUGUGAAAAAUGUGAAGUUCAAGGUGAAUGGUAUCAUAACAGGAUGGUUUUUUUUAACACUGGACAGAAACGUACAGACCAAUCAUUUAUUGACCGAAGAAAUCCUGAGCACCACCAAGGAUUAUCACCAUUACAAGAACGACUCAACGACUCAACAUUGGAAUGGUAUCUCAAUUCAGGCUUGAUUAUCUUCAUCUUGUGUGCAUUGGUGUAA